AUGGGAGAGGAGGAGGAAGAGAAGAUGCAUCCUGGAAGCCAAAUGGAGAAAUUUGCAGGAUCCCACUUCCCCUUCCAGAGACUGAACCUGGGACAAGGCUGUGAGGGCGUGGAAUCUGGGCGUGGUGAGGCCCGUCCUGGGGGCGGGGUCUACGGUGGGCGAGUGGCGUCGCCGCGCCCGGCGUUUCAAACCUCGCGGCUGGAACGCUUAGUGUCAGCUCGCCGAGCGGGUGUUGCUCAGCUGCUUCCUGGCGCGGGUCGAAUCCACCUCUCGCGGGAUCCAGGCCCAGCUCGACGGCAGCUCUCUCCUCGACGCCUCACCGUCGCCAUGGUUCACUUCUUGCACCCGGGCCUUUCGCCCCGGACCAUCGUGUCUCCGGACGCUCGGAAGGAUAUACUAGGCUGCCUCGUGGUGCAGGUGAGCUCGGAGGAGGGCAAGGGACGGGGUCAGGAAAUGGAACGCGAACCUCGGCUGGACGUCAGCCCUGGGCGAGCACGGCAAGUCGUCGGGGACCGUGCGGAGACAUUUUUGGCUCGUUUCACCUAUGCGGAGGAUGCUGGGAAGAGCUUGUCGGAGAGGAGUUUUCCGCCCGGGGCGUCCCAGCCUCCGGGCCCAGCGCGCAGACCCUGCGCCGCGGAGGAGUGGCGGGGUGUGUCCCGCCUCCCGCUUGACCUUGGGCGGGUCUUCUCUGGUCCCCUUGAUUCUCCUGUGCAAGAGGAGGCAUCUCCCUACUCUUUGGUCAACAUAUGCCUGAACGUCCUGGUUGCUAACCUAGAGAAAUUGUGUUCUGAAAGACCUGAUGGAACACUUUGUCUUCCGGAGCAUUGGAGUUUUCCUCAGGAAUUAGCUGAUCGAUUCGUUGGGAUGAUGACUUGGCAAGGCAAGCUGACUGAUAGAACAGCAAGCAUUUUCCAAAGCAACCGAAUGAAACUGAAGCUGGUCAACAUUCAGAAAGCUAAAAUAUCCACAGCUGCGUUCCUAAAAGCCUUCUGCCAUCACAGACUCAUUGAACUGGAUGCUACUGCAGUACACACUGACCUCUCAAUCCCAGACAUCCUAAGUGGCCUCUGCAGCAAUAGCUGGAUCCAGGGAAACCUCCGACGUCUCAUCCUGGACUCAACAAGCAUCCCUCGAGAUUCAAGACUCUUGUUCUUUGCCCAGCUUACUGGUCUUCGUGUUUUAAGCGUUUUCAACGUUUGUUUUCAUAGUGAAGACCUGGCUCAUGUUUCGCAGUUACCCAAACUGGAAAGCUUGGAUAUCUCUAAUACUCUGGUCACUAACAUCUCUGCACUCCUUACCUGUAAGGAUCGACUCCGAUCUCUUACAAUGCACUAUCUAAAAUGUCUGACCAUGACCAAACCACAGAUUCUCGCAGUCAUUAGAGAACUUAAAUGUCUGCUUCACCUUGAUAUUUCUGAUCACAGGCAACUCAAGUCAGAUCUAGCUUUUCAUUUGCUACAGCAGAAAGAUAUUCUGCCUAAUAUUGAGUCCCUGGACAUUUCUGGGGGUAGUUACAUCACUGAUGGAGCUGUAGAACUAUUUAUACAACAACGGCCUGCGAUGCAAUUUGUGGGACUGUUGGCUACAGAUGCUGGUUAUUCUGACUUCUUUUCUGCAAAGGAAGGCUUGAGGGUUGCUGGAGGAGCCAAUAUAAGUCAGAUUUCAGAAGCGCUGAGCUGCUACAGGAAUAGAUCAUGUUUUGUGAAGGAAGCCCUCUACAGGCUCUUCACAGAGACGUUUUCAACGCAAGUAACCAUGCCUGCUAUUUUAAAGCUUGUGGCUGUAGGAAUGAGGAAUCACCCGCUGGAUUUGCCAGUGCAGUUCACAGCCAGUGCUUGUGCCCUCAACCUCACACGCCAGGGCCUGGCCAGGGGCAUGCCUGUUCGUCUGUUGUCAGAGGUUACCUGUCUACUUUUCCAGGCUUUGAAAACUUUCCCCCAUUACCAGCAGUUACAGAAGAAUUGUCUUCUCUCCUUAACCAAUUCCAGGAUUCUUGUGGAUGUUCCAUUCAACAGGUUCGAUGCUGCCAAGUUUGUUAUGAGAUGGCUCUGUAAGCAUGAAAGCCCCAAGAUGCAAGCCAUGGCAGUGAGCAUAACCUCCAUUCUAGCCCUGCAGCUCUCACCUGAGCAAACUGCACAACUCAAAGAGGAGGUUUUCAUGGCAGUUAAGGAACUUCUAGCAAUAGUAAAACAGAAGACUGCUGAGAAUCUAGAUGACGUCACCCUCUUGUUUACUUUGAAAGCACUUUGGAAUCUUACAGAACAGUCUCCAGCUGCUUGUAGGCACUUUAUUGAAAAUCAAGGAUUGGCAAUCUUCAUCCAAGUCUUGGAGACUUUUUCAGAGACAGCAAUACAAAGCAAAGUACUUGGUCUUUUGAACAAUGUAGCUGAAGUCAGAGAACUCUUUUCCAAGCUGAUUACUGAAGAUGUGGUAAAGCAUAUCAGCAGCUUGCUCCAUAGCAAGGAAUUGGAAGUCAGCUAUUUAGCUGCAGGCAUCAUAGCCCACCUGACAUCUGACAAACAGCCCUGGAUAUCCUGUGACCUCCAGAGGACAGCACUUCUCCAGGAUCUGUAUGCAACCAUCCAGAAAUGGCCAAGUUCAAGUUGUAAGAUGACAGCUUUGGUCACUUACAGAUCCUUCAAGGCCUUUUUCCCGCUCCUUGGCAACUUCUCUCAACCAGAGGUUCAACUCUGGGCACUAUGGGCCAUGUAUCAUGUCUGCAGUAAAAACCCCAGCAAAUACUGCAAGAUGUUAGUUGAAGAAGAAGGAUUGCAGCUUUUGUGUGACAUCCGGGAGCACAGUGAGGCAGACCCCCAAGCACAGCAGAUUGCAGCCUCCAUUGUAGAUGACUUCAAAAUGCAUUUUAUGAAUUACCAGAGACCCUCUCUCUGUUGAAGGCCCUUCUUAACCUCAGGGCCUCAGAGGUUCUGUGUCUUCAGUAUCAGGCCUUCUGCUGUAUCAGCAAUCAAAUGUUGGACUGAAACAAGUUGUUGUUGGAGUUCGUGAGCUGACCGCCUUGUUGGCCUUUUGGGGGAUGAUUUUCUGUAAGUUAUAAGAAGUUUGGAUUUGUGUGAUAGCCAUAAUCUCAAAUCAAGUUGGAAUCAUUCUUGGAAUACCUUUUCAGUAGUUUUGAAAAAUCAAGCCCUGGACUUUGUGGGAAGUCCUGUAAGCUUUUGUUAGAAUAGUUAAUUUUCUCUAGCCCUGACCAAUUUCUUAACUGAGUAUUUGUCAGAGGAAAGAAAAAAAGAA